AUGGCCAGCUUUCUGCAGCUGCUCCUGGCCUGGCUGGGGGGGUGCGGCUGCGCGGGCCGCCUCCUGCCCCUUGGCGAGGGAACCAGGGCCGGCUCCUUCCAGGGAAACAUGUCUCAGCGCUGGGAGCGGCCCCUGCUGAGGUCCCGUCGCAGCUGGGUCUGGAACCAGUUUUUCGUCAUCGAGGAGUAUGCCGGACCCGAGCCCGUCCUCAUCGGCAGGCUUCACACGGACGUGGACCGUGGCGAGGGCCGCAUCAAGUACGUGUUGACCGGGGAAGGGGCAGGCACCGUCUUCGUGAUCGAUGAGAAGACGGGCAACAUUCACGUCACCAAGACGCUGGACAGAGAGGAGAAGGCGCAGUAUACGCUGCUGGCCCAAGCGGUGGACCGGGCCUCCAACCGGCCCCUCGAGCCCCCGUCUGAAUUCAUUAUCAAAGUCCAAGACAUCAACGACAACCCCCCGGUCUUCCUGCACGCUCCCUACCAUGCCACUGUGCCCGAGAUGAGUAACGUGGGUACAUCUGUGAUCCAGGUGACGGCCCACGAUGCAGAUGACGCUGCGUACGGGAACAGCGCCAAGCUGGUCUAUACGGUACUCGAGGGGUUGCCGUUCUUCUCCGUCGACCCCCAGACGGGAGUGAUCCGGACGGCUACACCCAACAUGGACCGGGAAACACAACAGGAAUUCCUCAUUGUGGUGCAGGCCAAGGAUAUGGGGGGCCACGCAGGGGGCCUUUCCGGAAGCACAACUGUCACAGUCACGCUUAGUGAUGUCAACGACAACCCACCCCGCUUCCCGCAGAGCUCCUACCAGUUUUCUGUGGUGGAGACUGUACCCCCGGGCUUUGCAGUGGGGCGCUUGCGAGCACACGACCCCGACGAAGGGGAGAACGCCCUGCUGGCCUACCGCAUCUUGGACGGAGGAGACGGAGCCGAGGCCUUCUCCAUCCACACGGACGCCCUGGGUCAGGAUGGGAUCAUCACUGUGAAGAAGCCCCUGGACUUCGAAUCCCGCCGUUCUUACACCUUCCGAGUGGAGGCCACCAACACGUUGAUAGACCCCCAGUACAUCCGCAAGGGCCCCUUCAAGGACGUGGCCACGGUCCGCAUCAGUGUGGAGGAUGCGGACGAGCCCCCGGCCUUCUCCCGCCCCGAGUAUCAUCUCGCCGUUUACGAGAACAGCCCGCCGGGGACCCUGGUGGGCAAAGUGACGGCGGUGGACCUGGACUCGCCCAGCAGCGCCAUCCGAUACUCCAUCCUCCCGCACACGGACCCCGAGCGCUACUUCAGCAUCAAUCCCCAGGAUGGCACGAUCCUAACUUCCAUGCCUCUUGACCGGGAGGUGUUGCCAUGGCACAACGUUAGCGUAGUGGCAACCGAACUUGACAGCCCUGCACAAGCCUCCCACGUCCAAGUGGCCAUCCAGACCCUGGAUAUCAACGACAAUCCGCCCCAACUGGAACAUAGCUAUGACCCUUUUGUCUGCGAUAGUGCCGUCCCAGGCCAACUGGUCCAACUGAUCCGGGCUAUAGACCGAGACGAAGAUGGGAACGCGAGUCGUAUCAUCAUCCGCUCCCCGCUUGGAGUGAGGGAACCAAACGUCACUGUGCGAGACAACAGAGAUAACUCGGCCUCUCUGCUCCUCCGUGCCGCCCGCCUGCCGGCCCAAGGCAGGUCCCUGAUGGUGCCGCUGGAACUGGUAGACGGGGGCUCCCCCACCCGGACGGGCUCCCCCACCCUGACAGUGAGCAUCUGCCGGUGCCGGCGAGACGGGGCCAUGUCCUCCUGCGGCCCCGAGGCCCUGGGAUCUCCCGCGGGGCUCAGCACCGGUGCCCUGCUUGCCAUCCUGGCCUGCGUCGGCACGUUGCUUGCGCUGGUGCUGCUGUUCGUCGCGCUGCGGAGGCAGAAGCAGGCGGCGCUGCUGCCCUUCGAGGAGGAGGACGUCCGGGAGAACAUCAUCACCUACGACGACGAGGGCGGCGGCGAGGAGGACACCGAGGCCUUCGACAUGGCGGCGCUGCAGAACCCCGACGCCGCGCCCGCCGCCGCGCCGCCGCCACAUCUGCGGACAGGCUGUGCUGAUGCUCCAGGGAAGCCGCUCUUUAUCGAUGCCUUGCAUAUUCCAGGGCUGAGGCACAGCACUGAAAAUGGCUUCUAA